AUGUCACGUAAGCUUGACAGUCCUGUUCAGACACAAAUGGCUGUGGCGCUUUUAAAGAGCCCCUUGAGUGGGGAGUUCCGUGAGAUUAACAAGGUAGGGAUGAAGUCGCCUGUGGGUCGUAGGCGUGUUUUUGUCCAGACAGAGACUGGUUGUGUACUGGGGAUGGAGCUGGAUCGUAGUGAUAACGCGCACACAGUGAAAAGGAAACUGCAGGUUGCUCUUAAUUUCCCCACCGAGGAAAGUUCCUUGACCUUUGGGGAUUUGGUGCUUCAGAAUGAUCUCACAGCUGUAAGGAACGAUUCUCCUCUCCUUCUCACUCGUAACAAUUUUCACAGGAGUUCAUCGACUCCAUGCCUUUCUCCAAUGAGAGCUGAUCUUCAGCAGCAUAGAGAUGAGAGCAGUUCUAUUGAAAUUCUUGGGAACUCGGUUUGUUCCUCGUUUGUGAGGCAAAUGGCGAAGGAUAUUAAAAAGGCAGUGAAGAAGGGAAUAGAUCCAGUUGCUGUCCACAGUGGGCUUGGAGGUGCUUACUUCUUUAAGAACAGCCGUGGCGAGAGUGUUGCCAUUGUUAAACCAACUGAUGAAGAGCCUUUUGCUCCCAACAACCCGAAAGGCUUUGUUGGUAAGGCGCUUGGACAACCUGGGCUGAAACGUUCUGUGCGGGUUGGGGAAACGGGCUACAGAGAAGUCGCGGCUUAUCUCCUUGACAAGGAUAGUUUUGCAAAUGUUCCACCCACUGCUCUUGUGAAGAUUACUCACUCGAUCUUUAAUGUCAACGACGGAGUGAAGGCGAGCAAGCCAAUGGAGAAGAUGUUGGUGAGCAAGAUUGCUUCCUUGCAGCAGUUCGUACCUCAUGAUUAUGAUGCUAGCGAGCACGGAACAUCAAACUUCCCUGUUUCAGCUGUGCAUCGUAUAGGGAUUCUUGACGUCAGAAUCUUGAAUACAGACAGGCACUCAGGGAACCUUCUCGUGAGGAAACUGGAUGGCGUUGGAAUGUUUGGCCAAGUGGAGCUCAUUCCAAUCGAUCACGGUCUUUGCUUGCCAGAAACUCUGGAGGACCCUUACUUCGAGUGGAUUCAUUGGCCACAAGCAUCGAUCCCAUUCUCUGAAGACGAGCUGAAAUACAUAGCAAAUCUGGAUCCUUUUGAAGAUUGUGAGAUGCUGCGAAGGGAGCUUCCAAUGGUGCGAGAGGCCAGUCUCCGUGUUCUAGUUCUCUGCACGAUUUUACUCAAGGAAGCUGCUGCAUAUGGCCUGAGCUUGGCAGAAAUCGGUGAGAUGAUGACUCGAGAGGUCCGUCCUGGAGAUGAGGAACCGAGUGAGAUUGAAGUGGUUUGUCUUGAGGCUAGGAGUUUGAUAGGAGAGAAGGAAGCUGAGUCUCCAAGAUCAGACUUGGGCGGUGAUGUUGAAUUCCAGUUCGAUUUAGACUGUGAGGAAGCGAUGCUCGAUAAACCAGCAUUUCCACUUGGAAACGCUCGUAGUCUUUUGUCAAAGGUCGAAGAAACAACGGAGGAAGAAGAAGAAGAAGAAGAAGACAAUGAGGAGGAAGAGAAUGAGAGUGCUAAUCCAGAGAGAAUGGCGGGGAUUACCAAGCUUUCAAUGUCUCUCAAAACCACUCUUCUUGGUGAGAAGAGUCAGAAGUACCAGAAACACCCAGGAACAAGAGCGGAGAGCGCAUAUGCAUCAUCUGGGCACAGGAGUGCAGAAGAACAGAUCCCAUCAAGCACAAGCUUUGUAAAGCUCUCGGAUAUGAGUGAAGAGGAGUGGACGACUUUCCUGGAUAAGUAUCAAGAGCUACUUUAUCCGGCAUUUGCAAAGCGCAAGGCGAUAACUUUAGGACAGAAUCUGAGGCAGAGGCUGGGAACUUCGUGCCAGUUCUGA